UAUACUUGUUUGAAACUUCCUCCCAGUUCUAAAAUAAACACAUCCAUCAUGAGUUUCUCAGAUUAAUCAUCGUCUGGAGGAGAAGAAGAGAUAGAAGUGUUGAAUAUGUUUAACUAUCACCGGUUGGCUUUAAUCAGGCGGAGGCUUGAGGAAGCUUCAUCCUCACUUCGUUGUUCAACAAGUCGCACCUGCAUUGAUCGUGAAUGGGUCUCAGGUCAUGACCGUCUCUUGCAGGAUUACUUCAAUCCAAAUCCAACAUAUGAUGCCCUCAUAUUUAGAAGGCGUUUUCGUAUGCAAUUACGACUAUUCAAUCGCAUAAUGGGUGUCAUUGUGAGGUAUGAUCCCUCUUUUGCACGAAGGAGUGAUGUCGUUGGUCACCUAGGCCUAUCGCCGGAGCAAAAGCUUACUAGUGCACUGCGCAUGCUAGCUUAUGGCUCUCCAGCUGAUCAACUUGAUGACUACAUGCGUAUGGGUCAGAACACUGUGCUGGAAUUUUUCAGGAAUUUUUGCAGAGCCAUUUUCGGGAUGUACUCAUCGACAUACCUCUGUGCACCAACUCCUGCUGAUCUAUGGAUUCAACGUGGAUUCCCUGGUAUGAUUGGAUCAAUUGAUUGCAUGCACUGGGAGUGGAGGAACUGUCCUACUUCUUGGACUGGGUAGUACAUUGGGCACAACCGUAAACCAACAAUCAUUCUCGAGGCAGUGGCUUCGUACAACACCUGGAUAUGGCAUGCUUUCUUCGGCCCGCCUGGAUCGAAUAACGACAUCAAUGUUUUGAAGAUGCCUCCAAUGUUUGACUGUAUCCUCAACGGAACCGCUCCACAAGUACGAUUUGAGGUAAACGGUCAUACCUAUUAUCAAUGUUAUUAUUUGCCUGAUGGUAUUUAUCCUUCGUGGUCAGCUUUAGUGAAAACAUUCAGCAGUCCAAGCUCAGACAAAGAAGCCUUGUUUGCUUGAUGUCAAGAAGCACAUCGAAAAGACAUAAAGCUGGCAUUUGGAA